UCACUCUGCGAUCUGUCACCUCCCCCUCCUUUGGAAGCAGCAGAGGAGCUGUUGUGCCUUUGACUGAGCAGAUACAGUAAGCCGGAGUCAGAGCUACACCCCACAUAGCCAUGGCAGACAACGCCGGCUUGGAAAACCACCGCAUCAAGAGCUUUAAAAACAAGGGGCGCGAUGUCGAGACUAUGAGAAGACAUCGAAAUGAGGUGACGGUUGAGUUGAGAAAGAAUAAACGAGACGAACAUUUACUGAAGAAGAGAAAUGUCCCACAAGAGGAGAGUCUGGAGGACUCUGAUGUGGACUCAGACUUUAAAGGGCAAAAUGUUACACUUGAUGCAAUCUUACAAAACGCAACCAGUGACAAUGCUGUUAUACAGCUCAGUGCAGUGCAAGCAGCCAGAAAACUUCUCUCCAGUGACAGAAACCCUCCUAUUGAUGACUUGAUAAAGUCUGGGAUCCUGCCCAUUUUAGUCAAAUGCCUGGAAAGGGAUGACAAUCCUUCACUUCAGUUCGAGGCAGCUUGGGCUCUGACCAACAUCGCCUCUGGGACGUCAGCACAGACUCAGGCUGUGGUUAAAUCAAACGCAGUGCCCUUGUUCCUGCGGCUGCUACACUCUCCUCACCAGAACGUCUGUGAACAGGCUGUAUGGGCUUUAGGAAACAUCAUAGGCGACGGUCCACAGUGCAGGGAUUAUGUCAUUUCGCUGGGCGUAGUGAAGCCUCUGCUUUCUUUCAUCAACCCAUCUAUCCCCAUCACCUUCCUCCGCAAUGUCACCUGGGUCAUCGUUAACCUCUGCCGCAACAAGGAUCCGCCUCCGCCCAUGGAGACGGUGCAAGAGAUUUUGCCUGCUCUCUGUGUGCUAAUAUAUCACACUGAUAUAAAUAUACUCGUAGACACCGUGUGGGCUCUGUCCUAUCUGACAGACGGAGGAAACGAACAAAUCCAGAUGGUCAUUGAUUCUGGAGUUGUUCCAUUUCUUGUGCCUCUCCUCAGCCAUCAGGAGGUGAAAGUUCAGACUGCAGCUCUGAGGGCAGUUGGAAACAUUGUGACAGGAACAGACGAGCAGACCCAGGUGGUUCUUAACUGCGAUGUUCUCUCACACUUCCCCAAUCUGCUCACUCAUCCUAAAGAAAAGAUUAACAAGGAAGCUGUCUGGUUCUUGUCCAACAUCACAGCUGGGAACCAGCAGCAGGUCCAGGCUGUUAUUGAGGCCGGGCUAAUUCCUAUGAUCAUCCACCAACUGGCCAAGGGUGACUUUGGCACUCAGAAGGAAGCAGCAUGGGCUAUCAGCAACCUCACCAUCAGCGGGAGGAAAGACCAGGUGGAGUUCUUAGUGGAGCAGAAUGUCAUCCCUCCCUUCUGUAACCUGCUGUCAGUGAAGGACUCUCAGGUGGUGCAGGUUGUCCUGGACGGCCUCAAGAACAUCCUCAUCAUGGCUGGAGAUGAAGCCAGCACCAUUGCUGAAAUCAUAGAGGAGUGUGGAGGUUUGGAGAAAAUAGAAAACUUGCAGCAACAUGAGAAUGAAGAUAUCUACAAAUUAGCCUUUGAGAUCAUUGAUCAGUACUUUUCAGGAGAUGAUAUUGAUGAAGACCCUAGCUUGAUCCCUGAAACCACUCAAGGAGGAACCUUCAACUUUGACCCUGCAUCCAACAUGCAAACAAAGGAGUUCAAUUUCUAAAAAGCCAGGAUGUUUGAUUCCACUAGUUGCAGGGGCGUCCUGUAAUUACCGCAGACAUUCAUCCAUCUCUCCCAACAAUCUGGCAACCCGGUACAGAAGGAUUUUAAAACACCAAUCUCGCCACUAAAGGAUUUAAAUCACAGCCACACCUGCACUGUGGGGAGCUUUUUCUUUGUCUUGUUUUUUUAUUUUUUAGUUCCAUUUUUAGUUCCAAGUAGUAUGAAGAGCAGCAACUCUUCAUACUAGUUGUUCAGCUGGCAACCUGCAUGAGGAGAACUGUCAGUGCUGCCAGUGCUUCUAUCACUUAAAGGUAAAACCAGAAGGAGGAAAAAAAGCCUUCUUGGCAAGAUCCAAAUUGCCAAAUGUCAAGUCUUCACGACAGAAACACAAGCACAUUUUCAGAUCCAACCACGCGCGCACACACUCACAUUUAUAUAUAAAUGUAUAGAAAUGCAUAUAUGUAUACACACUUUCUGACACUUGGGAUUUGUGUGCAUACUUCUGUUAGAAGCCGUCAUAUCAAAGCUGGGGAAGAAAUACUGCUGUUGGUUUGUGGUUUUAUUUUUUGUGCUUUCCCUCCCGUGGUUUGUCCUCCGCUGUAACUUCAUCCCUGCACACACACACAAUUGCACACACUUGGUCACAAUAUUUUCUGAUGAACAGGCGCACCCCGUAACCCAUUUUAAAGAGAUAAUCCCCGAGCUAAGCCAUGAUUACCACGGACCCCCUCCGCUCCGCCCACCCAGGAGGUGGAGGUGUGAAAGGGCUCAAAGGUAAAAACAAUCGAGGAAUCCGUGGCAAACUGACUGAUGGGACUACUGAUUCAAUUUUCUUAUUUUUUUUUUUUUUUUUUUUUUUUUUUGGUGUGACCUCUGUCGAAAUAUUAGACUCUUAAAGGAAUUCAUCAAAUGUGAAGAAAACGCCAUAUAUUUUUUUUCUCUCAACACAAACAGCUAACGUCCCUCUACAUAUUCAGAAGAGCAGCAACUUCUUUCUUUUUUUUUCUUGAGGGGGGGGGGGUCGUCAAAAUAUGUAAAUUUCUGUCACCAGGCGGACGAUGAAGGCACAGAGACUUACAAAAAGAGGGGACGCAUCAGCCGUACCGUUCACCCCGCCCUGCAAACUGUUUUCCUCUGGACUCCCCUGUAAUGUGAAAACUCAGAUAUGGGGGCGGGGUUUGAGGGAAAAAAAAAAACCUUCAAACUGAAAUCAAACCAUAAGGUUAUUUUUAGCUUUUGUUUAUUUUAAAAGAAAAGAAAUUCUCACUUUGAACAGAUAUUAAUUUCACAUUUCAGCCUGGUCUGGUAUAAUCUGUGGAAUAUUUUAAAUUUUAUUUUUAUGUUCCUCCAGUCUUAUGCACACAAUUGAGGCACAGUGACGUCUGCCUGCAGAAAGGGACCUAUGCUCAUUGAAGACCAGCCUCAUACAGAGUGCAGGUCCUGAUCUUUAUAGUACUUAACUACUUUUUGAUUAAGAGGUCACAUGUCAUCACUUGAUUUGAAUAAUUGUAAAAAAAACAAAACAAUGUGAUGUGUAUCUCCUUACCGUCUAACAAAUAUAUGAAUAUAUUUACAUAAAGCCUGUACAAAGCUGCUGCAGCUGACGGUCAUUGGAUGGUUCAUAACUGUCCCACAUGGCUGGGGAGGGGGUUUUGUUUUUUUGAAAGCAAUAUUUUAUUUUUUUUUAAAUUUUAUUUUAUUAUUUUUUUUGGACUUGCAAAUGUAUUGUGAUGACAUGCUGAUAAAUUGGAGUAGGCCGGGUUUUUUGGUUUGUCUUGUUUUCACCUCUUAUCGCGGUGGCGGCUGUUUUGAAAAUGUACCGUCCCACGUUCCAGUUGGUGUUUAGAUCCGGGGGCCGAGGCGACUAAAUUGAAGUCGGAGCCCGAACCCCGGUCUUGUAGAUGAAUCCGCUGGUUGGCUGCUAACUUUUCAGAUUAUUGGGGUGGGCGUUCAGAGCAGCGACUGGAUCACAGUGGGGGGCUUUAAAUAUCUGGUAGGGCUGUUAAAAGCAGCCAGAACUUUUUUUUUUUUUUUUUUUUUUUUUGGAUUAGCUAAUAUUACUGAACAAAACUAUUGAGAGGGUGUACAGUCAUGAACUAGCAGACUAGACCGAGCCACUUUAAAGAUUUACAAUUUUGUUGUCUUGUAUCCAAAUUGGAUGCAAGCUUAUGUUUGCAAGAUUUUUACUUGCUAAUAAAAAGCUGUUUUAAGUGAAAUAAUAGGAGAAAAAGAAGCAACAGACAGCGUUUUGGCCUCUGAUUGUUUGUAUCUUUUUAUAAAUUUUAGAUUGAACUCUUCUCUUUAAGGUGGCUCAUUGAUGCUUUCAACUCUUGUGCAUAUUAAAGACAAUAAUGAGUUGAGAAAUCAUUGUGCCUUUUGUUUUUUUUUGUUUUUUUUUAUUUCAACUGCAAAUAGAUUUUGCUGAACAAACGGAGCAACUGGAGAAUCUUCACACGAGGGUAAAUUUGUCGUCUCCCUACUGUUGGAGUUUGCCAUGAGGAAUGGUCAGCGCUGCUCUCUGCUGUCAAAAACAGUUUCUUUCAUAUCUUUUACCCACUGAACAAUGUACGACACCAUUCCCUGACUCCACAAACCUCACCGGUUUGCCAUAAUUUCAGUCAACAGACCGUGGUUUCCUUUCCUAUCUCACCCUCAGGACGUCGUCUGUGUUUCUGAUUCGAACCAAAAUAAACUUGCUGUUUAGCCGUU